CAACUCAAGAUGUGCCACGCGCCUUCCCCAAAUCACCGGUCUCCACAGAGAAGGAAGGAGCACCUUCACUUCCCUCAGUUGAUAAACACUAACUUAACCAUGGAGCAACCUUUUCGUCCCUGACAGAAUGCUUCUUGGGUACCAAUAGCAUAUCCAUUGCACCUUUUACGUUGUCGCGCUUAUUCUAUUAAUCUUUAAUAGUGAUCGCUGCAUCUCCUACCAUGUCUUUUAUAGACUUGUUCGAUUUCUACUCUUCCAAACUCGGAGAAUACGACCCUUCCCAGGAAAGCACAACGCCAAUCAAAGAGUUGCCCGCGACUCCGACCCGCAAAGCUCUUUCAAAAGAGGUCCUAGAAGAUGGACCAAGUUCCGACUCUGUGACUAAAAGACGUCGACAUGCUGUGUACAUGGAACGACCUCCAGUUUGGCUCUUAAGCCCGGAUCUGCCUUGCGGCGACCAAGACUUGUCUGGUGGGGAUGGUGAUAUCCUGUGUGGACGCUGCGGGAAUUCCAUGAAGCAGAGCCCCGGGGAAUGCUCUGCUGGUGUGUGUUUGAGGGAUUUUGCGCAGGAUACUGAUACCCCGGAUAUCGCUAUUGAGGAGACGACUGAAGAACAGGAAGUUUUUAAACGGGAGUUGCUUUGUGAUAUAGCAGCCGCCGUGGCGGAAGCUCAAGCGACCGAAACUGAUUCGAAUUCAGAGCCGGAAACGCCAUUGCUUAGUCCCUUUAGUGAGCCUACGAAGAGGCAAUGCGAUUACUUCUCUGUGGCAAACGAUCAUUCGGAUUCAUCAAACUCCUCUGAGGAAGAUCUACCAAGUCGAAGUCUACAUAGUCCCCUCCGGCAGACCAAGGCUGGCCUUUGCACACGCCUGCAUUCGUACAGAGAUGUACGCCUGGAAGUUGGCGAGAAAUGGGCUAUACAAGAAGGAUCGCUAAUUAUCUGCGUCGAUCCAUCCUACACUCAGUUUAUUCGCCAAGAGAAGCUCCCAGAUGAGUUUGACAUCACUACUGGCGACUUCUAUAUCGUUUGCAGUCUAUAUGCGGAUUUGUGGGCUCUCUGUCUCAAAAUAUCUUUUGACCGACUGGCAGACGAUGGCAUAGACAAGGCAUUGGCAAAUUGCUCUACACAUCUUGGCUUUCUUCCACUCUGUGCAGUGACGCUAGCAGCCAACUUUAGCUCGUUUAUUCGAAGAUGUCAAUCUUCGAACGGGGCAUCGAAAUACCCCAGUAACGGACUCCCUGUUAUGCCACCAGAGCGCUCGCACAGUCUUAAUGCAAGCAAACAGUUCUUCCAAGGAGACCGACUUCAUAUCGGUCUGCCUAGUAUUGUCUACGAAACUUAUAAUACGUUGUCCUUGGAAGCUAUCGAUAUGGACUUUAUACCUCUGGACUCCACUCUACAGCAGUUAUUCUCUUCCAUCGGGGCUCGACGGGAUAGUGUGCAUAAACUUGGAAAACGUAUGUCACCUUGGAAGCUCUGGCGCGGAACAAAGUCUCCAGAUUCAGGACUGCCAGAUGAGGCCCCAAGGGAAAGACGAUUUUCGUUCCGAGAUUAUUCUGGCUCGCGGAACUCCGGGAAUGGGUCCAGAUGGAGUUCUUUCUCUUCUGCUGCAAGUCAAGGAAGGAAAUGGUUCUCGCCUCGUGUCCCAUUUAAUGGACAUCGCCGAGGAAUCCGGGGUCUGAUGGGAGGACAUGAUGGAUUUCGAGGUCAUACACGGGGGAACUCCACUGCAUCCGAUCCUCUAGGUUAUUAUUUGUAGUUACAUGACUUGAAUUGCGCCUGAUUAUUGGACUAUGUGGCGUAUUGUACAAUAAAUUGCCUUCGAUUGCAUGUCCUUCAUAAUGAGGUCACUCUUAUGUUGAGUGCCACCAGAGGUUUAUAGAUAGCAUUCUUCCCAAACGCACUACUAAUUACAACAAUUCAACUACCAAUACUCCAA